UUGCGGCUGUGGAACGUCGUUCUGUGGAGGAAGAGGCGGAGUGCGAAGACAGGCGCGAUGGAGAACAGCCUGGACUCGCUGUACCGCGCCGCGCUGUGGGGGCUGCAGGUUGGUACCGUGACUGGCGCGGCGGGUUUGUUGGCACAACUGCUCGGUCUCCCUCUCCCCGACUACGUCACCCCUCCGUCGGCUUGCUUCGCUGGCCUGGCCCUGGGCGCGACGGUCCUCUUCCUCAUGGACUCCCUGCAGAUAUCUACGAAAGAUAGAGCAGUUGUAGUCACUGGUUGUGACUCAGGUUUCGGACAUGAAAUGGUGUUCAGAUUGGAAAGAAUGGGACUGGUGGUGUUCGCGGGCUGCCUGUUCGCCAACGGCGAGGGCGCCCAGAAGCUCAAGGACUCCGGGAGGAAGAACAUCCACGUGAUGCAACUGAAUGUCACAUCCGACGACGAGGUGAAGGAUGCCGUGGAGUACGUGCGGCGUCACCUGCCGCCGAACGGACUGUGGGGCAUCCUCAACAACGCGGGGUGGAGCACAUUUGGCCAUGUUGAGUGGGUGCCAAUCGACAUUUGCAAGAGGAUAAUGGACAUCAAUGUGUGGGGAACUAUUCGUGUGACCCAGGGAUUUUUGCCACUGCUCCGCCAGUCAAAAGGUCGCGUCGUGAAUGUGGCGAGCGGCCUCGGGCGGCAGUGUGCAGCCAACAGGUCGACCUACGGCAUCACCAAGUACGGCGUCGAGGCCCUGUCCGACUGCCUGAGGUUCGAGAUGAGGAAGUGGGGGGUGGAAGUCGUCAUCAUCGAGCCUGGGAACUUCGUCAAUGCCACUGGAAUCUUCACGCCCGACUCCAUACGACGUGAUGCUGAGGCAUUGUGGAAGAGAAUACCUUCGGACGUGCAGAAAGACUAUACAAAAGAAUAUUUUGAUGCAGUGAUUGAAAACAUGAUAUAUUAUUCUACUAAAGGAACAACGGACAAGUCUUCUGUGUUGGAUGCCAUGACGCUGGCAUUACUACAUCGCUACCCUCAUCCACGUUAUCAGCCAAUGGAAGUCUACUUCAAAGUACGCACAUGGGUCAACACUCAUCUACCCGAAUGGGUGUACGAAAAGCUAUAUACAUAAGAAUUGUAACUGUAAAGUGCACUGUGUUUUAUUUACAUUUGUACCUGCCACAUAUCUGACAGUAUAAUCAUUCAGGGGUUGUACAUUUCUGCAGAAGAAAGUUUGUGUUUUUACUGCCUUAAUAUAUAUAUUUUUUCAAUUUUGUUUUGCAUAGUACUAAAUACAAAAAAAAGUAGCCUACAUAAGGCUGAGUAUGUAAAUAUAUUAUGUAUGUAUGUAUAUGUAUAUAUAUAUAUUUUUGUGUUUCAUUACUUAAAAAAGGGUAGUAAUUCUAAAUAUUGCAGAGAUAUUUGUAAAAAUAGAUAUAAUCUUUACUAAAUGAAGAUAGAUCUAAUUUAUAGAAAAAAAGAUUUUAAUUAUUGUUUCACAAUUUUAUUUCAUUAUUUUCCGACAUUUAUAUGUAUAAAAAUAAUAAAACCUAUUCCUUGACUCAUA